AAUAAUAAUAAUAAUAAUAAUAAUAAUAAUAAUAAUAAUAAUAAUAAUAAUAAUAAUAAUAAUAAUAAUAAUAAUAAUAAUAAUAAUAAUAAUAAUAAUAAUAAUAAUAAUAAUAAUAAUAAUAAUAAUAAUAAUAAUAAUAAUAAUAAUAAUAAUAAUAAUAAUAAUAAUAAUAAUAAUAAUAAUAAUAAUAAUAAUAAUAAUAAUAAUAAUAAUAAUAAUAAUAAUAAUAAUAAUAAUAAUAAUAAUAAUAAUAAUAAUAAUAAUAAUAAUAAUAAUAAUAAUAAUAAUAAUAAUAAUAAUAAUAAUAAUAAUAAUAAUAAUAAUAAUAAUAAUAAUAAUAAUAAUAAUAAUAAUAAUAAUAAUAAUAAUAAUAAUAAUAAUAAUAAUAAUAAUAAUAAUAAUAAUAAUAAUAAUAAUAAUAAUAAUAAUAAUAAUAAUAAUAAUAAUAAUAAUAAUAAUAAUAAUAAUAAUAAUAAUAAUAAUAAUAAUAAUAAUAAUAAUAAUAAUAAUAAUAAUAAUAAUAAUAAUAAUAAUAAUAAUAAUAAUAAUAAUAAUAAUAAUAAUAAUAAUAAUAAUAAUAAUAAUAAUAAUAAUAAUAAUAAUAAUAAUAAUAAUAAUAAUAAUAAUAAUAAUAAUAAUAAUAAUAAUAAUAAUAAUAAUAAUAAUAAUAAUAAUAAUAAUAAUAAUAAUAAUAAUAAUAAUAAUAAUAAUAAUAAUAAUAAUAAUAAUAAUAAUAAUAAUAAUAAUAAUAAUAAUAAUAAUAAUAAUAAUAAUAAUAAUAAUGAUAAUGAUAAUAAUAAUAAUAAUAAUAAUAAUAAUAAUAAUAAUAAUAAUAAUAAUAAUAAUAAUAAUAAUAAUAAUAAUAAUAAUAAUAAUAAAAAGAUG